AGAGAGAAGAGGUACUCCCAUGUAGGGAUUCCUAAAGGCAUAGAGCACCUAGAGAUUUGCUGCCUCCAUUACGCUGCUGGGUCUCACAGCACUUGUUAUGUUUUUAAGUUUCUCUCCAGAAGAGAUUGGAAACCCAAGUGCCUACAGAGGCCAGUCUGGUGGGAAUGAAGCAGGAAGCCACAGCAGUGACCUGGAGAGCCAAGUUCUUUCUGAAGGAGCAGCCGCUGCUCUGGUCCAGAUAAUUGUUGCAAGGCAGGAAUGUUAACCUAGUGAUGCCACUUUGUCCAGUUUAUCAGGCUACAUUAUUGGAAUUUUGAAGACAUGAAAACAUCAGAUGAACCAACCUGCAACAUCUUGGAUUCAGAUUGGAAGAUGAAGAGAAAGUUUAAAGAAUGUGGCCUAUAAAGGCGGGUAGUACCUGGAAAUAUUAACCGACUCGCAUUGUAAAAAUGAGACUGGUUUCUAAAGAGUAGAGAUUAUUUUAGUCCAACAUCAAGGUUCAAGACAAAAUGUUGAACUAAAAACUUUACCCCCCUCCCCUCCCCCACUUCAGACAGGUACCAGCAUUAGUGAAUAUGAUUUUCCUUAGCCAGAAGCACUCCGCUUUACCCAUGUAGACCAUCCUUAGGAAUUAAAUAUUGGUUAUUUAAUGUAGAUUAUAAUGGGAAACUGAUUUUUUCCACAAUGGCAGAUUUCAAGGACUUGGUUCCAAACUGAGCCGGAGCAUCCCAGUGCAUUGUGUACAGUCUGGGAACAACUAUGCUGCACUGGCCGUUUUUGAAGGCCAUCAUGCCCUGUAAUAUAAGGAUAUCAUCUUCUUGCUGAUAUCUUUGGAGAGUCCCAAGCAGACACAGAAAAUGAAUGGAGGCAAGGAGUGUGACGGAGGGGACAAGGAUGGAGGUCUUCCAGCGAUACAAGUUCCUGUGGGUUGGCAGCGCCGUGUGGAUCACAAUGGAGUGCUUUAUGUCAGUCCCAGUGGGUCUUUGUUAUCUUGCUUGGAGCAGGUUAAAACAUACCUGCUUACUGACGGAACAUGCAAGUGUGGCUUGGAAUGUCCUCUUAUUCUUCCCAAGGUGUUUAAUUUUGAUCCUGGAGCUGCUGUGAAGCAGAGAACUGCAGAAGAUGUUAAAGCCGAUGAAGAUGUCACAAAGCUAUGCAUCCAUAAAAGGAAAAUCAUCGCAGUGGCCACACUUCAUAAAAGCAUGGAAGCCCCACAUCCUUCUCUGGUGCUUACCAGUCCCGGAGGAGGAACAAAUGCGACUCCAGUGGUACCUUCACGGGCAGCAACUCCAAGAUCCGUAAGAAAUAAGUCUCAUGAAGGAAUUACAAAUUCUGUAAUGCCUGAAUGUAAGCAUCCUUUCAAGUUAAUGAUGGGAUCAUCCAAUGCCAUGGGAAGGCUCUAUGUACAAGAACUGCCUGGAAGCCAGCAACAAGAACUCCACCCCGUCUACCCCCGGCAAAGAUUGGGCAGCAGUGAACAUGGACAGAAAUCUCCAUUCCGUGGCAGCCAUGGAGGCCUGCCCAGCCCAGCGUCGUCAGGAUCCCAGAUUUAUGGAGAUGGCUCAAUCUCUCCGAGGACUGACCCACUUGGAAGCCCUGAUGUUUUCACAAGAAAUAAUCCUGGUUUUCAUGGAGCUCCCAAUUCCAGUCCUAUUCACCUGAGUAGGACUCCUCUCUCUCCACCUUCAGUAAUGCUACACGGUUCUCCUGUACAGUCAUCCUGUGCAAUGGCUGGAAGGACUAAUAUACCUCUUUCCCCAACCUUGACUACAAAGAGUCCAGUAAUGAAAAAACCAAUGUGUAAUUUUUCAAAUAAUAUGGAAAUACCACGAGCAAUGUUCCACCACAAACUACCCCACGGCCCACCUCCCCCUCCUCCACCUUCUUGUGCUCUUCAGAAAAAGCCAUUAACAUCUGAGAAAGAUCCACUUGGCAUUCUUGACCCUAUUCCUAGUAAACCGGCGAAUCAGAACCCUGUUAUCAUUAAUCCAACUAGUUUCCAUUCAAAUGUCCACUCUCAGGUACCUGUGAUGAAUGUAAGCAUGCCUCCUGCUGUUGUUCCUUUGCCAAGUAAUCUCCCUUUGCCAACCGUGAAACCUGGUCACAUGAAUCAUGGGAGUCAUGUUCAAAGAAUUCAGCAUUCAGCUUCAACCUCCCUGUCCCCUUCUCCAGUGACAUCCCCAGUGCACAUGAUGGGGGCUGGAAUCGGAAGGAUUGAGGCUUCGCCCCAAAGAUCACGCUCAUCUUCCACAUCAUCAGAUCAUGGAAAUUUCAUGAUGCCACCUCUAGGACCCCAAGCGGCUUGCAGUGGUAUUAAGGUUCCACCCAGGUCUCCAAGGUCAACAAUAGGGUCCCCACGGCCAUCAAUGCCAUCAAGCCCUUCCACCAAGUCCGAUGGACAUCAUCAGUACAAGGAUAUCCCUAACCCAUUAAUUGCUGGAAUGAGUAAUGUACUAACUACCCCAAGCAGUGCCGCUUUUCCUGCUGCACCUGCCGGAAGUGGUUCUGUAAAGAGUCAGCCUGGUUUGCUGGGAAUGCCUUUAAAUCAGAUCUUGAACCAGCACAAUGCUGCCUCCUUUCCAGCAAGUAGUUUACUCUCAGCAGCAGCCAAAGCACAGCUAGCAAAUCAAAACAAACUUGCUAGUAACAACAGUAGCAGCAGUAGCAAUUCCGGAGCUGUUGCUGGCAGUGGCAACACUGAAGGACAUAGCACUUUAAACACCAUGUUCCCUCCUACUGCCAACAUGCUUCUCCCAACAGGUGAAGGGCAAAGUGGUCGAGCAGCGCUAAGAGAUAAGCUGAUGUCUCAGCAGAAAGACUCAUUGCGGAAAAGAAAACAGCCUCCUACCACAGUUUUGAGUUUGCUCAGACAGUCUCAAAUGGAUAGUUCUUCAGUUCCUAAACCUGGACCCGACUUGCUGAGGAAGCAAAGUCAGGGUUCUUUCCCCAUCAGUUCAAUGUCUCAGUUACUACAGUCUAUGAGUUGUCAAAGCUCUCACUUGAGUAGCAAUAGUACCCCGGGUUGUGGGGCCUCCAAUACUGCUUUGCCUUGCUCUGCUAACCAGCUGCAUUUUACAGACCCCAGUGUGAACUCCAGUGUUCUUCAGAAUUCACUGACACAGAACAUCCCCGUCCGAGGGGAAGCCGUGCACUGCCACAACGCAAACACUAACUUUGUUCACAGUCACAAUUCAGUCCCCAACCACCAUCUUGCAGGUUUGAUCAAUCAGAUUCAGGCUAGCGGGAACUGUGGGAUGCUCAGUCAGUCGGGCAUGGCUUUAGGAAACUCAUUACAUCCCAAUCCACCUCAGUCAAGAAUUUCAACGUCCUCCACUCCAGUGAUACCAAACAGCAUUGUUAGCAGCUAUAAUCAAACAAGUUCUGAAGCAGGCGGUUCAGGACCCUCAUCCUCCAUUGCCAUCGCUGGCACCAGCCAUCCUGCCAUCACCAAGACAACAUCUGUUCUCCAGGACGGCGUCAUCGUCACCACCGCGGCUGGAAACCCACUGCAGAGUCAGCUGCCCAUCGGGAGUGACUUUCCUUUUGUUGGCCAGGAGCACGCACUUCAUUUUCCAUCCAACAGCACUUCCAACAACCAUCUUCCACACCCCUUGAACCCCAGCCUCCUCAGUUCUCUACCUAUCUCUUUGCCAGUGAAUCAACAGCAUCUCCUAAACCAGAAUCUAUUAAAUAUCCUCCAGCCUUCAGCGGGAGAAGGCAAGUCUGAGAUCAACCUCCACCCUUUAGGUUUUCUCAACCCGAAUGUAAACGCUGCUUUAGCUUUUCUCUCCGGUGACAUGGAUGGGCAGGGAUUGCAGCCUGUCCACUUUCAGCUCUUAGCGGCCCUGCUUCAGAACCAAGCCCACGCAGCUGCCAUGCUUCCCCUGCCAUCUUUCAAUCUGACCAUCUCAGAUCUUUUUCAACAGCAAAAUACCCCUUUACCCUCCUUAACACAGAUGACAGCCCCACCAGACCAUUUGCCAAGCAAUCAGUCAGAGAACAGCCGAGCUGAGACCCUUUUAACCAGCCCCCUGGGGAACCCUUUACCCAGCUUUGCAGGCAGUGACACUCCUUUUAACCCCCUGUUCCUCCCAGCUGUCACUGGGGCCUCAGGAUUAAUGGCCUUGAAUCCCCAGCUGUUGGGAGGUGUCCUGAACUCGGCAUCGGCCAACACCGCUAAUCAUCCAGAGGUUUCCAUAGCAACUUCCUCCCAGGCAACCACUACCACAACCACUACAUCAUCAGCAGUGGCAGCACUGACUGUCUCAACACUUGGUGGGACAGCAGUGGUGUCAAUGGCAGAAACAUUGCUGAAUGUAUCUAAUAGUGCUGGGAACACACCUGGUCCAGCUAAACUCAACAGUAACUCUGUGGUGCCACAGCUACUUAACCCUCUACUGGGGACAGGUCUGCUUGGUGACAUGUCCUCAAUAAACAAUACUUUGAAUAAUCAUCAACUGACUCAUCUACAGUCGCUGUUAAACAACAAUCAGAUGUUUCCUCCAAAUCAGCAGCAGCAGCAGCAGAUUCUUCAGGGGUACCCGAAUCUCCAGGCAUUCCAAGGACAGCCCACAAUUCCCUGCCCAGCUAACAAUAACCCCAUGGCUUGUCUGUUUCAGAACUUUCAGGUGAGAAUGCAGGAAGAUGCAGCUCUCCUAAACAAAAGAACAAGCACUCAGCCGGGGCUCACUGCACUUCCUGAGAAUCCGAACACUACACUUCCACCUUUCCAAGAUACAGCUUGUGAGUUGCAACCGAGGAUUGACCCAUCUCUUGGCCAGCAGGUGAAGGACGGCCUCAUUGUGGGUGGCCAAGGUGAUGCUUCCGUAGAUGCCAUUUACAAGGCAGUUGUCGAUGCUGCCAGCAAAGGAAUGCAGGUUGUCAUCACCACAGCAGUCAACAGUACAACUCAGAUCAGCCCCAUUCCAGCUCUGAGUGCCAUGAGUGCCUUCACUGCCUCGAUUGGUGACCCGUUAAGUCUCCCCAGUGCUGUCAGUGCAGUCAUUCAUGGACGGAACAUGGGCAAUGUCGAUCACGAUGGUAGGCUGAGGAAUGCAAGAGGGCCCCGGCUGCCCAGGAAUCCGGACCAUGGGAAAAACUCACACGAGGGAGAUGGGUUUGAAUAUUUCAAGUCAGCGAGUUGCCACACAUCUAAAAAACAGUGGGAUGGGGAGCAGAGCCCUGGAGGGGAGCGAAACAGGUGGAAGUGUGAGGAAUUUUUAGAUCAUCCAGGCCAUAUUCACAGUAGUCCUUGUCACGAAAGGCCCAACAAUGUCUCUACACUGCCAUUUCUGCCUGGGGAACAGCACCCAAUACUGUUACCACCAAGAAACUGUCAAGGGGAUAAAAUUCUGGAGGAAAAUUUCAGGUAUAAUAACUACAAAAGAACUAUGAUGAGUUUCAAGGAGAGACUAGAGAACACUGUGGAAAGAUGUGCACACAUCAAUGGGAACAGACCUCGACAGAGUCGUGGCUUUGGAGAGCUGCUGAGCACCACAAAGCAAGACCUGGUCCUAGGGGAGCAGUCUCCAAGCUCCUCAAAUAGUUUGGAAAGUUCUCUGGUCAAAGACUACAUCCAUUACAAUGGAGACUUUAAUGCCAAAAGCAUUAAUGGGUGUGUGCCUAGCCCUUCAGACGCUAAAAGCAUUAGUAGUGAAGAUGACCUACGGAAUCCAGACUCCCCCUCUUCAAACGAGUUGAUACAUUAUAGGCCAAGGACGUUCAAUGUUGGCGACUUGGUCUGGGGCCAAAUCAAAGGACUGACUUCCUGGCCUGGAAAAUUAGUAAGAGAAGACGACGUUCACAAUUUAUGUCAACAAAGCCCUGAGGAAGGGAAGGUGGAGCCCGAGAAGCUGAAGACACUAACAGAAGGUUUAGAAGCCUACAGCCGAGCCCGGAAAAGAAACAGAAAAAGUGGAAAGCUAAAUAACCAUUUAGAAGCUGCUAUUCAUGAGGCCAUGAGUGAACUGGACAAAAUGUCUGGGACGGUUCACCAAAUCCCACAUGGAGACAGACAAAUGAGGCCCCCCAAACCCAAGAAGAGGAAGAUCUCCAGAUAACAGGGACUGCUCCACCAUGCACAGUGUUUAUGAAAGGAACGUGCACAGAUAUAUCUGUAUAUAGGUAUUGAUAUAGCCACCGUUAUAUCAAUAUUUAUACUAUGGCAGAGAGCUACAUCCACCACAGGGUGCUAAAAGAAACAGUGAUACAAUAUUUUUUUGAUCAGGAAGGAUAAUGAAUGCUGGAAAAACCAAUCAAAAUCCCUGAGUGAUGGGCGUGAUAAAUGGUCAAGAGAUGACUGAGAAACCCUUUUUUUCUAUAACACUAAAAUUGUGAUUAUAAGAGAUAGUCCAAAUGUUUCUGAAGACUUUUCAAUGUUGUAUAUAGAAAAUACAGAAUUUCAUGGUGAUAUCAGAAAUGUAAAUAUUGUACAAUAUUGUCAUGUACAAGCGUACUUAAUGCACACUUUAUCUUUUAUUGUACAAAGAAAUAGUGUACAAAAUUCUUUGGUUUCUAUGGAGUACACCUACCAGAGACUACCAGUGUAAAGUGAUAAAUAAAAAUACAACCUAAA